CAGGUACAAGACCCCAUGUAUCUUCAUCUCAAUUGCAUGAACGCGACUACAGGAAAAACAGUCUGGCAUAUCGCAGUCACAUAACACAGCGGCCCUUCAAUCUGUUUCUCAGCCCGACUGCAGAUCAAUGUCUUAUCGUUUCGCACGCAAGUUCCAACGUUCGUUCCCGUGAAAAGAAGCAAUGGAUUUGACGGAAGCUCGUGGCCUGAAAGAAAGGGGCGAGGGGGGCACACUCAACCAUCAGACUUCAACCUCAUCGAGGGAAAUCGAAUUCUCUACUUCCCACGCUCUUUCACUUCUGGAAGUGACACAAAUCCUUCUCGAACUCGGUCAAAUCGUGAUACGCGAUCAAGCUGAAAAGGCCACCUUCGGACUUGCCUUUGUCACAAUAAUCCCAAGGGAACCCGUGCCGCUUCCAGAACCCUCCAAGCACCAGCCUCAGGCGAUAUGGUUCUUCAGGAGCGGGUGUCAAGAACUUCAAGAUCAUAUCCUGGGCAAUGUUGAUCCAGACAUUGACUUGCUCAACGAGUCGUGCUUUAUCUUAUCCUACGGUGUGUCCCCAAUUCGUCCAGAUGUUACGAUAGACAUCUGUACGACGCCACCCGCGUUCUACAGAGGUAAGCUCGCUGUCGGCAGGAGAGUGUUUGAAGAAUGCAUCCAGCACACCGAGGCCAGGCCGCAAGCCCUUUUCCGCAGACAAAUAGAUGGAGUAAUUUUUCGCCACCAUGAGUUGCCAGUAGCAGCGAGUUAUGGCCAUCAGCUCAACGCCAUGCGAAUGCGAGUUAAUCCACUCACGAUGAUCGAUAUGUUGCAAAGUCGGCUGCCAGUCUGUCUUAUGGAUGACAUGUGUGUCGAACACUGGCGCCCAGGCACCAAGGCCCAAAGCACAGUCAAUACUGCUGAGAUGGUACUGAGCUUCACAAUUGCAGAAAGAAUUCUUGUUGAUAGCCCAUUCGAAAAAAUCUUGGUCGCGCAGAGCAGUCGCGAUUCGAAGAUCAACCGGAUUGUCGUGGAAAUCAGUGUCUCUGAACGCGCCACUGCUAGCAAAAUUCAUGAUCCAAUCAAUCAACUGCCAGCGGACUGA